AAAAGAAUAUUUGGACCAUUUUCUUUUAGAUAAAGGAGAUGUUGGACCAUGGGGAUUGUAAAGCUUGAAAUAAAGUAAUUUCAAACUUAGUGAUAGUAUAUGACAAAUAAUAUAAUUAAGAACCUACAUUUCCGACGGCUCAGAUUCAAUACAGUUUGCGAGAAACUUUUAGAGAGACACCAGAUCACGGGCGGACCCCAUUAGCGCAUGAUGCGGAUUCCCUGACAAGCACACUUGAACAAGUACAUUCUCCGCCACCACCUCUUUCAUUUGUCUCCUCUCUCUCUUCCAAUUUCCAAGAGCCAAACAGCGGCCGACGAUUCCAAUUCGGCCCGGUCGACAAUGAACCGAUACAAGGUACAACGGCGAGUCCAAAUCGACGAAUCGGAGACCCCCAAGUACGACGACGAUGUACAAGACAAAGAACAACAAGAAGAAAACGGGAUGCAGUUGAGACCGUUGGAUAGCAAUUUGACGGAAGAUCAGCCGUUCAUGGGAGUCAAAGUCAGACGAAAUGCCUCCCUCCGUCGGGAAUACAAAGGAGAUUACUUGGGUGUCCCCUCCCGCCCCUUCUUAAUGAAGAUCUUGCAAAAACAAGGUGACAAGCAAGUUUUGUUUGCUGAUAAAGUUUUGAAGUUCACUUCAUCAGGGAAGAUGAAACGGCGGAUUCUUAUGAUGACUGAUUUUGCAAUUUACAUUGUUGACCCUGACACCGACGCACUUAAACGCCGGAUAGCUUUAGCAGCUGUAGACAAGAUGUGUUUGAGUGAAUUAAGCGAUAAUUUCUUCGCCAUUAUCAUUCCAACGGAGUAUGAUUUACUUAUGGCUAGUACUCGCAAAACUGAAAUUGUUACUGUCUUGGUUGAUGCUACCAAAAGUGCUUCUGAAUAUGAACUUGAGGUGGUUUUUUCCAAUAGGUUUGAAUACAAUGCUUCUGCGGACCUUGUUAAGGAAGUUCAGAUUGAGGAAGUUGAGGGGGGUGUUAGAACAAAAAUUGUGAGAAAGUAGCCAACAUAUAUUUUCCUUGAGUAAGACUUUGUGGUGAAUUGCACUCUUUAAAACGUAAAAAUGAAUGAUUCAUUGGUAUUUUGUGAGGUUCUGCUCAACUUGGAGGCCACCCCCAGAAACAGGUGGCUUAUUCUUUUACACGUUAAUGUAUAUCAUUUGUGAUUAUUAUCUAAAAAAUGGUUUUGUAUAAAUUUUCUCUAGCUUUUCUUGCCCUUGGAUUAUGGGAUUUGAUAUCCCCGCGCUUGGUAGAAAUUGUCACAAUAGAAAAUGCCUCCUUUCUGUAACUUUAUGUGAGUAUAAUGUUUCUGUAAUUCAAGUUUU